AUGGGCAUUGCUGGGAUGAACAGAGUGAAAGGAAGCAGCACAGGGACAGAGAGCAGCUCGCGGCCUCCCCGCUCCGGCCCGGCCCGCGGCUCCGGGGCCGGAUCCACGAGCGGGCCGGGCAGCCACCACCGCCGCCCCCGCGCUCCGGGGCCGGGAGCGCGCCCGGGAGAAGAAAGGCGGGCGGGCGGGCCGGGCCCGACCGCCCCUUCCCCCGUUCCCCGCGGCGUGACUCAGUGCCGGGCUCCGCGCCGCCGCCUUCGCGUCCUGCCGGGCCGGGCCGGGCUGGGCCAGGCCUCGCUGCGACACAACGCCGCGGCCUCCCUGCACUCACCAGCAUCGCGCGUCCCGCAGAGUCAGGGCCACGUCCGCCCGCCCCUUCCGCCUCCGCCGGGCCCGGAUCCGCCGCCGCCGCCGCCUCCCCCCGGCGCGGCCCGGGGAUCGCGGAGGCGCCGCCCCUCGCAGCCGCCCCGCCCCGGCUCACGGCGGGCGGGGGAACCGGGGCUGCGGCUGCCCGCGCUGGCAGGGCCCGGUGGGGCUGGGCCUCGGCCUCGGCCUCGGCCUCCGGCGGAGCCUGCCCGCCCGCAUGAGCUGCUCGGCGGGGGAGGCCGGCCGACCGCCAUCUCCUUGGCUGCCAGGCCCGGCCCUGCCCGAGGGGUCGUUGCUCCGACCCCUCCCCAAGUUAGUCCAGUGCCACAAGAGCUGAAGGAUGAGCUGAAUGACUUGGAAGUGAUGGUUGAUGGAAAACUCAACAUGAGCCGGCAAGUUGACAUGAUAAGACUUUCCUCCAUCCAUAGGGGGAUAUCCCAGAAGUAUGUUACUAUAUUUCUUCUUCUGAGAUAGAAGGAAUAAUGAAGUCUUCUCCUUAGGUAAAUUCUUUGGUCUGGCAACAGGUAGCAAGAACUUCUGCUCACCCUUCAAGUACUCUGCACAGCAAAUACUUGCCUUCAGAAUGAA